AGUCCCUCCCUCCCUACCUAACACCGUAUUUUCUCACCCUUCUUUUUUCUCUUUCUCACCAAAAAAAUCUCAGAGCUCUUUCUCUCUUCCGCCGGAACAAAUCCGACGAUCGAGAUGGCUCUAUCACACAUAGCUACCUCAUCAUCCCGAUCCAAUCUCCUGAGGCCGCUCACAGCCGCCUUCUCAUGCACCCUUCCUCUCCGCCGUCCGAUCUCAUCGGCGGCAAACGACGACUCCACCACCCUCACCAUCGAGACUUCGGUUCCUUUCACAGCGCACAACAUCGAAGAGCCCUCGCGCUCCGUCGAAACCACGCCGAAAGAGCUACUCACCUUCUUCCGCGACAUGGCUCUGAUGCGCCGCAUGGAGAUCGCUGCCGACUCGCUUUACAAGGCCAAGCUGAUCCGAGGGUUUUGCCAUCUCUACGACGGACAAGAAGCUGUCGCCGUCGGCAUGGAGGCUGCAAUCACCAAAAAGGACGCCAUUAUCACCGCUUACCGUGAUCACUGUAUCUUCCUCGGCCGCGGUGGAACCCUCUUGGAGGUCUUUGCUGAGCUCAUGGGUCGCCAGGCCGGUUGCUCCAGAGGAAAAGGUGGUUCGAUGCAUUUUUACAAAAAAGAGUUUGGCUUUUAUGGCGGUCACGGCAUUGUUGGGGCUCAGGUCCCCCUCGGAUGUGGGUUGGCUUUCGCGCAAAAGUAUUCCAAGGAUGAAGCUGUGUCCUUUGCUUUGUACGGUGAUGGUGCGGCCAAUCAGGGGCAGCUGUUCGAGGCCCUUAAUAUCUCCGCGCUUUGGGAUCUGCCUGCCAUUUUGGUUUGCGAGAACAAUCAUUAUGGAAUGGGUACAGCUGAGUGGAGAGCAGCGAAGAGCCCGGCGUAUUACAAACGUGGGGACUAUGUUCCUGGCUUGAAGGUUGAUGGCAUGGAUGCCCUCGCAGUGAAACAGGCAUGCAAAUUUGCUAAGGAGCAUGCCUUGAAGAACGGACCAAUUAUUCUCGAAAUGGACACUUAUAGGUACCAUGGUCACUCCAUGUCUGAUCCUGGAAGUACCUAUCGUACACGUGACGAGAUCUCUGGUGUGAGACAGGAGCGUGAUCCAAUUGAGAGAAUAAGAAAGUUGAUAUUAUCUCAUGAUCUUGCUACUGAGAAGGAUCUCAAGGAUACUGAGAAGGAAGUAAGAACAAAAGUUGAUGAAGCCAUUGCUAGGGCCAAGGAGAGUCCAAUGCCAGAUACGCAUGAACUCUUCACAAAUAUUUAUGUGAAAGAUGCGGGACUGGAGGUCUUUGGUCCCGAUAGGAAAGAAAUUAGAUCUGUGCUCCCAUGAAUGAAAAUAAAUGGGGGAAUUACCCUAAACUGACCAUUCUUGGCCGCAGUCUCCUAAAUGGACUGCACUCGUCUGCUUGCCGGGAAAGAGAAAAUAAUAAAGCAAUAAGUUUGAGCAAAGAUGGUUUUUUCAUCUGGUUAUCCUUUUGUAUAGGGAUAAUAUUGAUUCUUUUCAAGAAUUGGGGCGGGAGUUGUUUAAUUCCUGCCACCCACUUUUUUUUUUUGGGUAAGCCCAUAACUUUGGUUGAUUGAGGAUGGAAGGCUUUUGAUUCUGAAAUACCUGGCAUGCUUUCUAUAUUAUUUUCGUCUGUCCAUUUUACUAACUUGUUGGUUACCAUGCCACCAGUUUUACUUCGGUUGUAUUUUCUUUAGUGAUUUGCUAAACUCCGUCUUCGCCACUUCAAGAAAUGUUAGUCGAGUUCGAACUUUAUCAGAGCUUGGGGACACGUUUUUGGGUA